CAUCGGUCGACCGGUCAGGCACUGCUCAAGCGCUCAGUGCUAUAGCCUGCAACGUAUUUCGGCUCCUCUUUGGUGAGCCUUUUGAACGACUGUUGAAGCUGUACUCCGACACUCUUUAACAUGACUGCUUGAGUGAGGCCUAGGUUCAAUGCGUUAUACUUUAUCGUGUUCUAACACCAUGCACUAUGGAAUACAGCUCCAGCCGCGCCUAAGUUUCGUGACCACAUAAUAAAAUUAGUCAGGUCCGAUCUGUGAAUGUUAUACAGGCUCACUGCCUUCGCUAAAGACUCAUCUGACGUGAAAAGCUAACACCUGAUUUUCCGAUAUAAAGAGCACGAACGACAGACGAACACAUUAAGCCGCUGUAACUCCCACCACCAUGCUGCAUCUGCUGUGUAUCGCUCUGUCUCUUUUCUUAUCCCUUCAGCUCGCUGUCGCAGACCCUGCUUCCACAGUCUCACGAGUUCCACGUCACUCCAAGUCACCAUCACUAGUACUGACCAAGUCUGUACUAUCAGCUCUCUUGGUUCGGCGAGGGAAAUUCACUGCUCGACAAGGAUGCCCCAGCGGAUAUCAGCAAUGUACUAACUACCCGGACGCAUGCGCCCCUGUUGGCAGCUUCUGUUGCAGCGAUUCGUAUAACUGUCCAGACGGCACCACCUGCUUCGAUUCCGAAUGUUGUCCCAGUACCGCACAAACGUGUAAUGGAAAUGCCUGCUGCAACCCUGGUAGUGAAUGCUGCAACGGCGACAGCAGCUGCUGUGAAUCCGGCUACUCCUGCUGCAAUGACUCUACCGGGGGAUGCUGCCCUACUGGAACCACGUGCAUAGCAGAUUCUGAUCAAUGUUCCGCUGGAGGCUCAAGUUCCGUGGGUGGAAGCAGUGUACCCACUAGCAUUACGGUUACUACUCCGUCUAAGUCCACUGUGCUGCCAGGAACCACUUCUAGCAGCAGUCCUGUAAUUACAUUCGACGGGCCCACAACAACUUCCAGCAUUUCUUCCUCCACUUCUUCGACAGCUUCAUCCGCAGGAUCUACUUCCACUGGUUUGUCACAAGUUGGUGCUGCUCCUCGUGGCAUUGCACUCGCACCUGGAAAACAACUUGUGGUCUUGGCCGCAGUUGUUGGUUUGCCGAUCCUCCAUAAUGUCGUCCAGGCGUUGUGAACACGCAAUAACACUUUUCUUCUUAUAAUCAGCAUUUUUUGAGGUUGUGAUUCAUGAUAUGUUCACUUUUGUUACAUACCAGGACUUGUAAUACGACAUUUUGCCUGCAAAUUGAUCUAGUUGGUUCGCGA